AUGUCAUUGAUGAGCCGGAAGCAGGUAUGUCCGCGAACUAUACGAGAUAGGGCUCGUGCUGACGAACUUCGAACAGAGCUCGUUGGAAUCAUUGACCCCGCCGCUAUCGGCUUUGAACUUGCAAAGCAAUAUCAGCUUCCAUGCUUCCAAAAUGUGGCCGACUUUCUAGCCUCACUGAAAGCCGGAGCGAUCUCCGCAGAUGCAGUCAUCUUAGCCACUCCGAACGGUACACACGCACCUCUGGCAACAGAUCUUGUGGUGGCAGACGUAUCAGUACUAGUGGAGAAGCCACUGACCGCAACGGGUGCUCAGGGACGUGAUCUCUUAAAAGCCCGCAGUUCAGUUGCUGGUGGGAAGGGUCUGAUCAUGGUCGGCCACCACCGGAGACACAAUCCAUACACCGUUGCUGUCAAGAAAGCAAUUGACGAGGGGCGCCUCGGCAGCAUUGUCGCCAUCAAUGGAGUCUGGGCAAUGCGCAAGUCAACGGAAUACUUCAAUGUAAAUUGGCGGCAGCAACUAGGGGCUGGAGGAGUCUUGAAUAACGCAAUCCACGAAAUCGACCUCCUUCAGUAUCUACUAGGCGAUAUUGUCGAGGUCUACGCUGUCGAAGGUGUCAAAGAGAGACCCUACCCGGUAGACGAGACCGUCCUUUCUACCAUGAAGUUCGCGAGCGGCGCAGUGGGAUCGUUCUUGUUUUCUGACACUGCGACAUCACCGAACUCUUGGGAAGCGGCAACGGGGGAGAAUCCUCACAUUCCCGCCGCUAGGGAGACUUGUCUCACGAUCUUUGGCACGCAAGGGUCCAUAGGAAUCCCCUCGCUGACCCGGUUCCACCAGGACGAUCGUCCGCUAGAAGAGCAGAAUUGGACUUUCCCACUAUCAAGAGACGAGACAUUGAAGGAACAGGUAGACGGUACACCGCCUCUAUCUCGCCAACUCAAGCAUUUCGUCGCCGCGGUGCGCGGUGAAGUGCAGCCCAACUGCUCCGCCGAAGAGGGGUUAAGAGCAGUGAUGGUGGUCGAGGCGAUUUUGAAGAGUUUGGCGAAGCACGAACCUGUCAUUGUGGAGACGGUGUAA